AUGCAGGACACGGGAGAUGUGGACGCAACAGGAUACAUUGAGCCUCCAGAGACUCCAGCGCCAGUGUUCGCCGUUCGAGCCUUCAAACAUGCCAUAUUCGGCACUCCCGGGACUGUACAGCCCAAAGCUUUGCGCCGGCAUUCGAACACUGACAACGGAAAGCCGCGAUCGAAUGCGCGACCAGCAAUGACUCGUCCCAAGAGUUCCAACGACACACAUACCUUGGGAAUAGACUAUGAGGCACCGGAGCCCGCGCCUCUUCCAUCUCCAACCAAAGGCAUUCUGAUGACCCCAGGCACUGCAGCAGCACGGCGAARGACAGUGUCGUUUGGAGCACAUGUUCAGGAUAACGAAGGYAAAAGGCAGGGGAAAAGUGGCUUACCGGACAGCUGUCCGGGCAAGUUUCCAAGCCCGUUUGUCAGAUCGGUGGAGGCCGAAGAGGAGAAGACUGAAACCAUUGACAAGGGACGCGGUCGCAACAAGCUCACUGAGAAGCUGGAGCAGGUCCGCGAAGAGUCCGCAAAACGCAAGUCUACUUCGAGCAGACAAUAUUCUGAGCCAGUGGAGGAUACUGGUGUGGUUGUCGGCUCUACAGAUGACAUGCCAGAGUAUUGGAAGAUCAUGUUUGAGCAGUAUAGGGAAAGGUCGGAGCGAGAGUGUAGGAAGCUGCUCUCUAAACAGAGGGCCGCAAAGAGCUUUGCAAGGGAGAAAGACGAGCAGUUGAUGGAAACAGUGGACCAGCUGAGACAUGAAAAGAAGAAGGUAGAUCGGCUGGAGAAACAGGUAGCAGAUCUGCAAGCUCAGUUGAAGGAGUAUCAGGACAAAAUACGGGCUCCCUCCCCAGAAGAGCAGAAUAUCAAGACCGGGGUCGCGCAGGUAAAGCGCGACUCUGUGAUAUCUGGGUACCGACGGCAUGGCGACCUUACUACAUCUGCGAACGCCCAGGCACAGGAGUCCGAGAAGUCCACACGAGACACUGUGUUGAGAAAGCGUGCUUCCAAGGAGCACCUGCUCAACCACAUGUCCAAGAGCACUGCCGCAGUCCAGAACGGGCACGCGAGACCGAGAGCGCGGAAUCGCAGGCCUCUCAAAAAAGAGACAGAGGAUGUAUGGGCCCCGUCUGCAGAAGGAACGAGUCUCCUCCCGUCGAAGCCUGCUGCAAUUCCUACAGCUUUCUCCCAAGCAGGCGAUCAUAUACCCACGGAAGCCCUCAAUCCACUAGAAAUCAACACCCUCCCGCAAGAGCCCUUUCGGAGACCUCGUACCAAGCUCACUGAGAACCUUUCCGUGGCAAUCCAAGAUUCGAGCACUUUCUUGCCAGAUGCAGAGAACGAGCGGCCCAACGUAUUGAAUGGAACUCCGGUCCCCAUACGUUCGCCUGUACUCUCCCCAGUACGUUCGCAUCUACGCACGGCGCCUUCGACUAUGAAGGAGAACGGCCCGCCGACACCGAAGUCUCAUCGACGUCCGCAGCGCGACAAACUGGAUCCGGAGCCGCACGCUCGGGCUUCAGCCGAAAGGGCCGAGAUGGAUGAUGUGAUGGAAGAGGCCCGUCUCCGGCUCGCAGCCAUUGGGCGAAAGGUGUCGUAG